AUGAGUUCUAGAAUCCCAUCUCAUCAGCUUAGCAAUGGCCUCUAUGUAUCAGGGCGGCCGGAGCAGCCCAAAGAAAGGACUCCAACAAUGACAUCAACAGCGGUGCCAUAUACUGGUGGAGACAUAAAAAAGUCUGGAGAAUUGGGGAAAAUGUUUGAUAUUCCUGUUGAUGGUUCAAAAUCUAGGAAAUCUGGACCAAUAACAGGUGCUCCUUCACGGACAGGAUCUUUUGGAGGAGCUGGCUCACAUUCUGGACCAAUCCAGCCUAAUGCUGCAGCACGAGCAGCCUAUACUACUUCAGGUCCGAUGACUUCUGGUGGGAUGGCUGGUUCGACUUCAAUGAAGAAAUCAAAUUCUGGGCCACUGAAUAAGCAUGGGGAACCUGUUAAAAAGUCUUCUGGUCCUCAGUCUGGGGGAGUUACUCCAGUUGGGCGUCAAAAUUCUGGACCUCUGGCUCCUGUUCUACCUACGACAGGUCUCAUUACAUCUGGACCCAUAUCAUCUGGCCCACUAAAUUCUUCUGGGGCCCCUCGGAAAGUAUCUGGCCCUUUGGAAGCCACUGGUUCAAUGAAGAUGCAAGGUUCCGCUGCUGUUCACAACCAAGCUGUGACUGUUCUUAGUCAAGGUGAUGAGUAUUCCUUCAGAAGGAAUUUUCCGAAGGCAGUGUUAUGGUUAUUAAUUCUGCUUUUUGUCAUGGGUUUCAUUGCUGGUGGUUUUAUUCUUGGAGCAGUGCACAAUGCCAUUCUCCUUAUUGUAGUUGUGGUUCUUUUUGGCUUAGUUGCUGCAUCUUUCACUUGGAAUACUUAUUGGGGAAGGAGAUCUAUUAUGGGCUUCGUUGCUCGUUAUCCAGACUCUGAGCUUAGAACUGCAAAAAAUGGGCAAUUUGUGAAGGUCUCUGGGGUUGUUACCUGCGGUAAUGUGCCUCUUGAAUCAUCUUUCCAGAAAGUUCCCAGAUGUGUAUAUACGUCAACAAGUUUAUAUGAGUAUCGAGGUUGGGACUCAAAAGCUGCCAAUCCUACACACCGCCGGUUUUCUUGGGGCCUUAGAUUGCUGGAAAGGCGCGUGGUCGACUUCUACAUCUCGGAUUUCCAAUCUGGUUUAAGGGCAUUGGUUAAGACUGGUCACGGAGCAAGAGUGACCCCUUAUGUUGAUGACUCAGUUCUCAUCAAUGUAAAUCCAACCAAAGAAGAGCUUUCACCAGAGUUUCUCCGGUGGUUGGGAGAGAGGAAUCUUUCAAGUGAUGACCGCAUCAUGCGGUUGGAAGAAGGGUACAUUAAAGAAGGAAGCACAGUAAGUGUAAUGGGGGUGGUUCAGAGGAAUGAGAAUGUUCUUAUGAUCGUUCCCCCACCAGAUCCUAUCACUACUGGUUGCCAAUGGACCAAGUGUAUUUUUCCAGCUAGUCUUGAGGGUAUAGUCUUAAGAUGUGAAGAUGCAUCAAAGAAUGAUGUGAUACCAGUUUAA